UCCUCCAUCAACUCUGCCCCCAUUUCAACUUCGAAGCAGUGCUUUGGUAGGCCUGCCUGCUCAGCUCGCCUGCUUGUCUCUACCCACGCAAAAGCUACCACCAGCUGCGCCUCGCCAGCAGAUCCCGGCCAAUCUCUGGCGACUCACGAGAGCGAAACGCCGGUGGGCUUUUUGGAAAGGGUGUCUCUGCUCUCUGCAGCCUUGCUGGUGUUUGUGUAGCUGCAUCAGAAGCUUCUUCAGUGGACAGAGAGGAAGGAAGGAAGGAAGGAAGGAAGGAGAGAGAUGGGGAGGAAGCUGGGCCUGGACAGGGUCCUGGACUGCUUCUCGCUCUCGCUCUGCGCGAACGCCUGCGCCUGCGUGCACUCGGUGGAGGAGGAGGAGCACGAGGCCGACGAGCGGAAGGCCCUGGUGAGCAGCCAGCUGGAGGAGCUGGUCAAGCUCAGGGACUUCGUCGACGGAGCUGCCAAGACCCUUGCUUUCCAUCUAGAGCCCAAGACCGUGGAGCUCAAGGUGUCCAUGCACUGCUACGGAUGCGCCAAGAAAGUCCAGAAGCACAUCUCCAAGAUGGACGGCGUCACGUCGUUCGAGGUGGAUUUGGAGAAGAAGAAGGUGGUGGUGAUCGGGGACAUCACGCCGUACGAGGUGCUGGAGAGCAUCUCCAAGGUGAAGUUCGCGGAGCUGUGGGUGGCGCCCAACCCCAAGCAGCAGGCCGCGGAGAGGCUGUAGACGUUGCUAGAUCGAUCUCAGCUCUCAUGCGUCAACGCUCACGGCGUCGUCUCCACCAUGCGUAGCAAGCAGAACACGGCCUCAUCUCGGCGAAAUGUAAGCUAGGAAGGAUGAGGCGAUCGUUGGUGUGGCCGAGUGCAAGUAGAUCCGGACAUGAGGACACGCCUGUAAACAUGUUGCUCUGGGUUUUUAUGCAAAAGGGCAAUUGGGGUACA